AUGGCUGCCCAAUCGAGCUCGUCGAGCCGGAGAUCCUCCGCUUCAAGGCCUACGAGCCUAUUCUCCUCCUGGGGACGACACCGUUUCGCUGGAGUCGACAUGCGCAUUCGCGUCAAGGGUGGUGGUCACACCUCUCAGAUCUACGCCAUUCGCCAGAGCAUAGCCAAAGCUCUGGUCGCUUUUUACCAAAAAUUUGUCGAUGAGCAGAGCAAGAAGGAGAUCAAGGACAUCCUCGUCAGGUACGAUAGGACCCUCCUUGUUGCUGACCCAAGGCGCUGCGAGCCCAAGAAGUUCGGUGGUCGUGGUGCUCGUGCUAGGUUCCAGAAGUCUUACCGUUGA